CCCCUCUCUGAUGAAGGGUCUAGGCCCGAAACGUCAGCUUUUGUGCUCCUGAGAUGCUGCUGGGCCUGCUGUGUUCAUCCAGCUUCACAUUUUUUUAUCCACAUACCCAUCCGUGUUCCUUUUCAGUAAUGUAUUUGUGCCUCCAUUGCUUCCUCCAGCAGCUCAGUCCGUACACACACGCCGCCCUCUGUCGGUGGGAAAAGUUACCCCUUUGGUACAAAUUAUCAACGGAUAAAAACAGGAAUUACUGCACUAACCCCUGCCGCGCAGCUUCAGGUCCCCGCGAGUUGAAUGCGCCUUGUUCCUUGAGCAGUGCUGUUUUCCCUUGUUCCUGACCCGCAGUAUCGGCAGAUUGAGUGACCUUUUCCAGACCAACAGCCACCCUGCCUUCCCAUCCCUCUGACCCUGUCCCGUUUGCAGAAAUCCCGCAAGAUCUCCGCGGGCUCCUCCUCUUUCGCUUCUCGUUCCAUCCCCUGCGGAGCUCUGAAACAGAUGGAGGGUUUCGGCUUUUCUCUUCGCCUUUUGCAGUUUCUCGCCUGCUCGGCUUCAGCACAGCAUGUGAAAGACAGCAUCGUAGCCAUUACAGGUUCCUCCGUUCUACUUCCUGGAACAGAUAAAGGAUUUGGCAGUCUCCAGUGGGAAUUCUCAAAGCCUGGCAAGAUCCUUCCCAUUUUGGAUUACAUUGGAGGACAUCAACAAGCAUAUGAUCAGUAUAAGAAUAGAAUUGAACUGAACAAAUCAGAUGGGACAUUGUUACUGAAAGAUGUGCGUGAGGGGGAUACUGGCAGAUACAAAAUGACAGUGGACUUAGACCCGAUUAGGACCAGAAUUGUCACUCUGAGAGUGUUUGAUCCUCUCUCUCGGCCCACCGUGUUCUGCAAUGGCAGCCUGGACGGGUCCCCAGUUUUGCUGAUCUGUACAGUGGAGAGAGGGAGAGCCGAUACUAUUCACUGGAGCAGAGGUGAUUUCAGGCUUCUGCAUGACGAGCGUUAUAGGAUGUCCAAAGACAACAGUACCGUAAUCAUUCAGAGCGCUCAGGAAUCAGAUUCUGGCAAUUAUACCUGCACUGUUGAAAACCCAGUCAGUCAAAGCAAGAACAGUUGCCAGCUGUUCUUCAAGAGUCAGCGGCCCAGAGUUCGACUUGGAUUACAUAUGGCUGGUGUUCUUCUGUGUUUGGUAAUAGUUGCAUUGAGCAUUUUUUUUGCUUGGAUGAGGGUAUCGCUGGCUAAAUCAGAACGUAUUGCCUGGAGAGCAGUUAAGAGUCAACGCAUCGUAGCGGGCCUGGAGUCACAUGAAGGCCAAACUAGGAAGACCAGAGAGUCAGCGACUUUUACUGAGACACAAUAAGAACGGCAAGUAACUGUUAAGUCUUUCAGUGCUGGCUCAACUAAACUCAACUCUGCUUAUGAUGUGGAGGUGCCAGCGUUGGACUGGGUGGACAAAAUCAGAAGCUACACAAGGUUAUAAUCCAACAGGUUUAUUUGAAAUCACAAGCUUUUCCAGUAUUGUCCCUUCAUCAGGUGAAGUGAGAAAGGAAGCAGACAGAACGCAGAAUUUAUAGGCAGAGAGAUCAAAAGACCAGACAAAUGGUGUGAGUGGAGUGCCGAAUAAUAAGUCCCUCCGGGUACAAAAGCAAAAGCUGCUGGAAAAGGUCAGCAGGUCUGGCAGUAUCUGUAAAGAAAAGAAAUCAGAGUUAACGUUUCGGUUCAAGUGAUCCUUCCUCAGAACAGGUAAAGAAAACAAAACAGAAAGGAAGAGAAAGAAAAUACACAAAAGGAUGUAAACUUUUAAAUUCAAAGUUAUGAACAAUAAAUUAAUAAAUGCAGGAACAAAACUGAAUAGUUUAAACGUUCCCCUUUCUGGACUAGAAAGUUUGUUUGUACUACAUAAGCAACUACCAGGAUACUAUAAGACCAUAAGAUAUCAGAACAGAAUUAGGCCAAUCAGCCGAUCGAGACUGCUCCACCUUUUGAUCAUGGCUAAUAUAUUUCUUGACCAAAUCCUCCUGCCUUCUCUCUCCACAACCCUCGAUCCCCUUAUGAAUCAAGGACCUAACUAUAUUUCUGCCUUAAGUAAACUCCAUGACUUGACCUCCACAGCCCUCUGCGGCAAUGAAUUCCGCAGAUUCACUAGCCUCCAGCUAAAGAAAUUCCUGCUCUUCACAGUUGGAAGAACUGUUGAGAUCAGUGAACAGCAGAUACAAAAUCUCCACUACAAAAGCAGAAACAAAAACGAGCCGUUCCUAAAGUGGGCUGAACUAAAUCAAACUGGAUUUAUAUUGCUGAGGUUGAGCAGAUACGCGGGAAAACUUGGUUUACUGGCAACUGUACACUAAGUGUGUUUCCUCUUGCACGUAAUCGCGCUGUCGGUCAGAAAAGGAGACAACUUUACCUUAUAGUGGGGCCUCUCAGGAUCGCUGAAUUCCUCUCAUUUCUUCCCCCUCUGUCUCCUGGGUAAAUAAUUGUUAUGCUCCACUGAGUUCCUGCUGAUGGAGCCUUGGGAGCUAGGCCUUUCGUGUGAUUCGGGAUAGAAUAGUAACUCUCAGAAUGCUGGCUUCCCACCAACAGAGUACCAGAGUUUAUGGAGAAUUGGACUGUCACGACUGGCCUGGGCUAGCAAAGCUAAACUGUGAUUCUGUUCAGCGUCAGAGGAAUGAAGGAAUCCGUGCCUUUUUGAGCAGCGAAUGCAGAAUUUUCCAAAGUGCUCUUUUACUUUAGACUUAGCUGAGUGGCUCACGUUGUCACGUAAAUUAUCCUCAAGUUUCUACAAUGGAGCUGUUUCUCAAUGCAUUUCAACACGUCGGGCAGCAUCAGCGCGAAAAUGUUGGUGUUUCUUUUGCUGGUUAUUUCGCCGAAGCUGAUCCGUACUUUACCUCAUUGGCUCCAUUUCAAUGAUGCACUAACAAGAUCUCUCUAUGUCCUUAUAAGGAUAGAGGACCGUCCAAGAAAGAUACUUUCCCGUCCACAUGUUCAGGGAUGUUUUACUAAAUCUUGGGAGCAGGUGGGACUUGCAGCCGGAGUCAGAGGUAGGGACACUACCCCAACAUUCACCAAUUCCCUGGGCCAAAGGUCUGUGUACCCCAGUCUUGAGUGGAUGCAGUGAUACAGCAAGCCCAACCUCCGUUGCAUGUCCUGAGAUUUAGGCCCGUGUUGUGUAUUUUUCUGAUUUACCAAACAGUAGAACCAGUCAUGUCUAUGCUAUCAAGCCCAUUCAUUCAGAAUCUUGCACAAACCAUUCUUCAAAACUUUGAACUCUCUAAACUAUGCUCCCAUCAUCCAUACCCUUUCUAGGAGCAGGAUAAUUCACGAUUUCUACUAACCUAUCUGCGUGAAAUGACAUCCCAAUUGCUCUUCUAAUUGACCUGGCUAUAAUUUUAAGAUAUUACCUCCUCCUUUGUGAUUUCUCUACCAAAUGAAGUAAGCUUUCUGGAUGUACUCUGCUGAAUCUUUUUAACAUGGCAUUGACAAUUAAUGAAGGAAAGUGCUAGUAAAAGCUCUAAUUGUGGGUUAUGUGUCUCUUGAACAUGUCCAUCUUUAGAUUGGCAGUUCUCCAGACACACUUCCCCACGCAACAAAAUUCAAACUGAAAAUCGAGACAUGACCUCAGAAUUGCCUGUGAGCUCAGACACCACACAGGCUUAGCACUCAUUCCCCAGUCCAAGUAACAUACAGCACUAGUGUUCACAGACUGGAGUAGGAGUGGCUCAGUGUGUAGCUCUGAGUCUCACUCCCAGGACUUGUGGGCCACCAGACGAACCCAGCUAUUGAUGCACAUACGCCAAGUGUAUAAUUGCUGCUGCUCCCCAACCUGGAGAAAUGAACGAGGGUUAGUGGCUUGAACAGGAAAUCCAAAGAUGAAGUUUGAUGUGGGUGGGUGGUCAAACAGUAUUGUGACUGUCAAUGUAAGAGUGGAAAAUAGAAGCAACAGCCGUAUAACUUAUACGUAACUGCACAAUAUUUAUUGUAAUUUUAAGUCACCAUUGUAUUAUUAAAUCAAACACUUACUUUCAUUUGUAAUCUGCUGAUGUCCGUUUUUGACAUUCCAUCUAUCUGACAAUUUUCUCUGUUUCAAGCUGUAUCUUUCUUUGAUGUUUCUAUUUCCCCCUCCAAAAUCUGAUUUUUUUUUGCAAGUGAUUGAAUCAAUUUGUUUCUGCCUCAUGCUACUCUCCAGAAACUUUCACCAGAUUUCUCUUUGAGCUUGUCAAAGUAACUUAUUCUUUAGGAAUGAUCAUAUUUGGAACAAUAAAGCUGUAGUGUGUGAAAUUAAAUAUGUCUCU